GGGGGUGGCCGUGGUGGCUCAGAGCCCCACACCACCAGUGCCAUUGAUCAGCUGGCGGCGGCCGCCGGACCCUCGUUCCUACCACCACAAUGGACUAAUAUACCGCAUAUUGAAGAGGCUGGGGUCCUUGCCUCACUAACAAGCCUUCACAAUGAUGAGCGGAGAGUCAUAUGGCCGGUUCGGACUGGAAGAUGACGACGACGAUGAGCACGAUGGCCCCGGGCGCCAUAUGUCUCCGCCAGAAGACCCUUGGAACUUGAUCUAUCUGGCACUAGUGUUGGCUGGGGCUGGCUUCCUUUUGCCUUACAACAGUUUCACCAUUGCUGUUGAUUAUUUCCAAGAGCGGUAUCCUGGGACAACAAUUGUGUUCGACAUCUCCAUCGUAUACAUCUUUGUGGCGUUCGGGGCUGUACUAGUCAACAAUCUGCUAGUGGAACUGGUACCACUCAACAUCAGAAUUAUAUUUGGUUAUGUUGUGUCUCUAUCAAUGCUGAUUUUUGUAAGCUUUUUUGAAAUCUGGUGGCCUAAUGCCUUUAUGGCCAGCAUCUCGUACAAAAUUACACUGAUUUCAGUGUCUGUGGUCGCCUUUGGAUGUACAGUCCAGCAGUCAAGCUUCUAUGGUUAUACCAGCAUGCUACCAAAGAGAUAUACUCAAGCUGUUAUGACAGGAGAGAGUACAGCAGGACUGAUCAUUUCUGGGAAUCGUAUAGUGACAAAGUUGCUGUUGGAUGACCAGCGGACCAACACCAUGAUUUUCUUCGUUAUCUCCAUUGCCUUUGUCUUCCUCUGCCUUGUCACGCACAUUGCCGUUCAGAAGACAACAUUUAUACAGUUUUAUCUCAAUCUGUGUCAAACGAAUGAAGACAGAGACGACCUCAAGAGAAUUACCCUGGAGCCAUCAGAGGAAGCCAUACUUGUUGAUGUAGCUGGUGGAUUUGGGAUAGGUAGCGUGAACAGUUCAUAUGGCGGAACUGUGACUCCCUCAGACUCCACUGCCACCUUCCAGUCUGCUGCCACUCUUCCCAUCUCUGCGUCAAUAGAUCCCAUCGACUCGUCAGCUCCCAGCUAUCGAGUUGAGCAUGUAAUUAUGGGGAGGGUGAGAGGAGGCUAUACAUCAACUUACACUACUUCCAUCAGACUUUGGUCAGCAAUUAAAAGAGGAGUCAUAGCACGAUGGCAAGUUGGUCGCAGUGUGUGGCAGUACAUGCUCUCCAUUGCCCUCGCUUAUUUUGUGACGCUGUGCUUAUAUCCGGGGAUAGAAACUGAGGUGGUGUCAUGCAGAUUACACUCCUGGAUGCCCGUUGUCAUGAUGGCUACUUUUAAUCUCUUUGAUUUUAUUGGCAAGAUCCUUGCAUCAAUCCCGUACGACUGGACCCGCAGACAACUUGUGAGCGGAUCUAUAGUUCGCAUCGUGUUAGUGCCCUUCAUGAUGCUGUGUGCUGGACCACGAGCCACCCCGUUUUUCCCAGGCGAAGUCACUCCACUCAUCCUCUCUGCUCUUCUGGGACUUUCCAAUGGUGUUCUGGGUUCUGUUCCCAUGAUUCUGGCUCCAACUAAAGUGCAAGACGAACACAGAGAACUUACAGGUAACAUCAUGACACUCUCGUACUAUAUAGGACUGACACUCGGUGCCAGUGUUGCUUAUGGCUUGGACGAUAUUUUGGGCCCACAGUUGCUCAACCCGUGUAAUAACAUUGAUCCAAACUCAAGCCUGAAAAAACUUAUGCUAAAACCAACAGAUUUCACAGAAUUAACAUCCACACCACAAAUCCCUUUCCAGAGUUUAUUCAAUAUUUCAAGAGAAGGAAUGAAGACUUUGUUCUGAAGUAGUUAAUGUCCAUGUUCUGUGUUGACACUUGUACCCUCUCGUAUUAACUGCCAAAGUGUUGGAUAUAAAAUUCAUAGAGUAACUUGGAUGUUGUAGUAUAAAGGGUUGAUAAGGGAACCAAUAUAUAAUUUUAUUACUGACUAAAAAAAAAAGUUGUCAACACUAGUUGUUAACGUGUCACAAA